AUGAGUAGCGACAGUCAACAAGCAGCACAAAAUGUGAUUCGCCACCUGUACUAUCUCAACCCGGAGCCCAUCCGCUACAGAAAUGCCUUGCAUGACAUCGAGAUGUGGAUCAUAGCACACGAGUAUGAGGUUGCAUCUCUGAUCACAACAUCCGAGGUCACGAUUGCGGAUCAGCUCGAAUCUUUGACGCCAUUGAAAGGUAUUUCUCACUUUACCGACGUCUUGCGUGCCAUCUACAAGGCGCCCGAACUCGGUGGCGAGCUUCGCAAGAUUGCAGUGCAGGCCUGCAAGGACGAGAUCGAGCAUCUGAUAUCGCAACACAAGUUCCGGAAGAUGCUGAUGGAAGUUCCGGAAAUGGCUGUGGAUCUGUUGAAUGAGAUGGCGAAGCCUCAACAGGAAAGGGGUAGACUCAUGCGUGUCCAGAGAUCGAUAUCUUGA